AGGCAUCACUGAUGGGCACUGAAAUGCAGAACUCCUAUAUGGCACUGAUAGAUGGCACUGAUAGGCACUGUUAGGUGGCACUGAUAGGCAGCACUGAUGGGCACUGACUGUCACUGAUAGGUGGCACUGACUGGCAUUGAUAGAUGGCAUUGACUGGCACUGAUGGGUGACACUAAAAGGCAGCUCAGAUGGGCACUGAUAUGUGGCACUGAUGGGCACUGGCAGGUGGCACUGAUGGGUGACACUAAAAGGCAGCUCAGAUGGGCACUGAUAUGUGACAUUGAUGUGGCACUGAUGGGCACUGAAAUGUGG